CAAGGAGCAGUGCGGUGUUGUUGAGGCUGAUCAUGGAGAAUGCUGGUGGGUGGUAAGACCGCGUGCUUACUAGAGUUGCCGAUAUCAUCCUGAACCUUAAUUCAGGCUAUACGGAUUAAGGUUCCGCCGCCAAAUGCUUUAGAACAGAGUGCGGGCAUCUGAUUCGUGGACACAGAAAACAGCUGGAAUAUGUUUACCGCCGGGAAAGCAGUAGAAGUCUCAUUUGAAAGAUAUGAUCCCCGGGAUGUUUGGUUCCCUGCUACUAUUCUCGAAGUUUUUGGAAAUGGCUCUUUCUCUGUGGAGUAUCAGAAGUCAAAUGUUAAGGAUAAAGUGACUGUUGGUUCUUUUCAGAUCCGACCCUGCCCUCCACACCUUAAAAAUAGAAAUUUUUGUUUGUUGGAAAGGGUGGAUGCAUUUUAUGAUUUUGGCUGGUGGAGUGGGGUGAUAACCAAGAUGCUUGCUGAUAGUAGAUAUGUUGUUUUCUUUAAGCACUUUAAUUUAGAGAAGGAGGUAAGCGGCUUGGAAUUAAGGCGUCACAUGGAUUGGAAAAGUGGCAGUUGGUAUACUUCUCAGGGUAUUUUGAUCCCUUCAGAUUGUUCAGUUGAGGGAGAUGACAAUUGCAAUGCUAAAGUGAACCAAAGAACUGUCCAACUGGACAGCUCAGGCACUAAGGAUGAAGUCUCCAAAGAGAAAACAUCAUGUUCCUUGAAUUCUCAGGGUGAUCAAAUCGCACAAUCAACUGAUUGCAAUGAGAAGCCUUCGAAUGCUAUGGUUUCACCAAACAACAAACCACACAGUUUAGCUUCUGCAAAUGAUGUUGGUACAGUGUUGCAGUCUCAAGUAAUGCAGAAGGAACAAGAUGAAACACCCUGUGGUUUUGACAACUUGACUUCUGAGGGUGCUGCUAGUAGAAUUCUUUCAAUGUCUGAAUAUGUAGAUCAGUUGUCUGGGAAGAGCACUAGGAGAAAACGCCAGAAAAUCAGUGAGCAGGAUAUCUCUGUGGCAGAUGUCCAGAUGGUUCAAGGGAAACAAACAAAUUUGCUGGUUGAUGGCGCACAGCUUCCUAUUCAAGGUAAGGAAGCAGCGGGAAAUGUAGCUGAAAAUAAUGAAGCUGGCUAUCCAAUUGUGAUAGGGUUGGAGUGUAUUUCUCCCUCGAGGAACACAAGAAGUAAGACAUCUCAUCACAUGGAUGGCAAGGAGUGUUCGGAUCCCUUGAGUGGUCAGAAGCAACAUGUUAACGAUCUAGCUACAAAUGUUAUAGAGCAGAGUGAACAAUUACGUAAUUCAGAGAGUGGUCAAAAGAAAAAGAGAGGAAGGCCAUGCAAGUCAGCAGCCAAUACUGUUAAAUCCCCUGCUCCUCUCAUAGAUAACCUGCAAAAUGUAGAUGCUGUGGAUGAAACAAUCAAUAAGGAUUGUACUACCAAUGAAUCAUCUCAAACCAAAGGUCAAAGUGCUUCUGAAUCUGAAGGGAGAAAUGAUGAGCACAUUGAAGCAGAGGAAGCCAUUACUGAGGCAGAGGCACCUAGCAAUACUGUUGAUGGAUCAAAUAAGCAAGCUACUCCUAUUGACAAUGGUGCAGUGUCAAGUGAGAUGCCUUUCGUUAAAAGCACAAUUCUUUGGGCGACAAUUGAAUCGAUGGAUGUUUUCCAGCGAAUUCCCCAGAAGCCACAUUUCCAGCCCUUGGAAGACGUUAAAGAGAGUUAUCGCGAAGGGCUAGCUAUAGCGUAUAUGGUGACAUUCUGUAGCUUGGUAGAUAGAUGUAGCAAGCUGCAGUUUGAUGAUCCCAGAAGCAGGAUAGAAGAAAUGUUGGAGACGCUUGCGGAGUUGGGAGAGCACGGAUUUGACGUUGAGCAGAUAGAAGAGCGGCUAAAGGAGAUGGUGUUGCUUAAAGAAAAACACAAAAAUCUGGAGGUGCAGUCAGCAGAAAUGGAGGUUGAGAUGGUGAAGCAGGAGAGGGAGAAAACAGGAGUCGAUGAAGAGAUUGAGGCGAUGAAGAAGCAAAUGGCAGAGUUGGAAGAGAAGUUGAAAGUGGCUGUUACAAAGAGAGAGGCUAAGGAUGUUGAAAUUGCUUGCCUUCAAUCUAAGAUGGAUGACGUUAGAGGAGAAAUUACAAGUGCUCGCAGUGGAUAUCAAGAUUUAGCUUCUAAACCUUUGGCGUAGUAGACUAGUAGUAGUUGCGUGUAGUUUUAUCAACUUUUGAUGU